GCUUGUUAAUUUCUUUUCUCCGACAAAAAAUUUGAAGGAAGGUGAAAAAAUUUUUACUAUCAAUCUUAAUGAAGAUCGAUCAAACUAUUUUCAAAGUAAUACUAUAAAUGGGAGAUUAAUAACUCCUCUUGCACUGUGUUUACAUUACGCGUGGGAGAUUCUUAAAACAAACAACUUUGAACAAGAAAUCGAUGUAGUUUUUGAAGAAGUGAAAGUUUUUAAAGCUACUAUAGACGUUCCUGAUGAUAAUGUUGUUAAUUUAACUGUCAUUGUCCCAAAAGGAACUCAAAAAUUUGAGAUCAUGGCUGCCAAGACACUUCUUGUUACUGGAAAAAUCAGAAUAACUAACGCACCAAAUGAAGAAAGAGUUAAAUUAUGCAAUUCAUAUAUCAAUGAAGCAAAAAGUUUUGUACUAAAUCAUGAAGAUUUCUACUUAGAAAUGGAAAUGCGUGGAUACAACUAUUCAGAUGCAUCAAAAAAUGUCUGUAAGUCAUCAGUUGAUGGAUCAAGAGCUUUAAUAAAAUGGAAUAAUAACUGGGUGACUUUUAUGGACACUGCUUUUCAGCUUUUUGUGUUUGGAAGUGAUCUCCGAGAUAUUUUAUUGCCAAUACUUAUUAGAAAAAUAGUCAUUGAUCUAAAGUUACACAAAUUAUCUACAGAAACUUUACAAGGUAAGAUUUUUUAG